AUGAAGGACAAGGGCGUGCAGAUCUUCAUGGCCUCCAUCGCCGCGAGCUCGACGAAGAACCUGAAGGUGUUCCGGGGCUGUGCGAGCGAGCCCUGGGAGACCAACUACGAGCGCAUCAUGGGCUCCACGGCACUCAUCAACAACGAAUCCGAGUACGCCCAGAAGCCGCUCGUGAAGUUCUGCCCACGCCAGGAAAGCUUCGACAACAUCCAGAAGUUCGCCCUGAACCUGGUUAGCAAGUACCAGAGCGCACACUACGGCGUGGAAGACAUGCACAUCGGACUUACGCUGUUCGGGAUCGGCGAGCAC